GCGGGUUUCCCGAGCAGGGGGCGGCCAUGGCGGCUGCGCGGCGGCAAAGGCGGCUGCGAAGGGGGCGCGCGCCUGGCUUUGAAUGAACGGGGCUGGGACUGAGCCGGCGGGGCGCGAGCUCGAGGAAGCGACCGGCGGCGGCGCGCGUGCGCGCGCCUUCCGUGCGCGCGCGGCUCGCGGCAGCUCGGAGCCUCCGCCGGGCGGGCGGGGAGGGGGAGGGGCAGGUUUUGAUUCUUACCAUGGCUAUCACACAGUUUCGGCUAUUUAAAGUUUGUACCUGCCUCGCAACAGUGUUCUCAUUCCUAAGGAGGUUAAUAUGCAGGUCUGGGAGAGGACGAAAAUUAAGUGGCGAUCAAAUAACUUUACCAACGACAGUUGAUUAUUCAUCAGUUCCUAAACAGACAGAUGUUGAAGAAUGGACUUCCUGGGAUGAAGAAGCGCCUACAAGCGUGAAGAUUGAAGGAGGGAAUGGGAAUGUGGCAGCCCAGCAGAAUGCUUUGGAACAAUUGGAACCUGACUAUUUUAAGGACAUGACCCCGACGAUACGGAAAACUCAGAAAAUCAUUAUUAAGAAGAGAGAACCAUUAAAUUUUGGCAUCCCAGAUGGUAGCACAGGUUUCUCCAGUAGAUUAGCUGCUACACAAGAUAUGCCUUUUCUUCAUCAAUCUCCUGAAUUAGGUGACUUAGACACCUGGCAGGAAAAUACCAAUGCAUGGGAAGAAGAAGAAGAUGCGGCCUGGCAAGCAGAGGAAGUUUUGAGGCAGCAGAAGAUAGCAGACAGAGAAAAGAGAGCAGCAGAACAGCAAAGGAAGAAAAUGGAAAAGGAAGCACAGAGGCUAAUGAAGAAGGAACAAAACAAAAUUGGUGUGAAACUUUCAUAACAGAUGCUCUUCCAACGUCAUAGUGCCAGUAGGAGAAAUCAGAGCUCCAACCCCAAGAAACAUUUGUAUGGAUUUCAAAGUAUUUUCAGAAUCCAAGCACGCUGCUUGAUUUUAAUGCUGUUCAUCGGGCCACCAGACCCUGUUUCUCUCAAAAUACCUGGAACUCUUAGUGAUAGAGACUCAAAAGAACAGACAAGACAGUGAGACUACAAGACAAUAUUUUCUUUAAUGUAUUCCAACAUUAAGACAAUUGUUAGCUCUAGAAAAAUUAUUACAAGUGUAAUAUGCCAGUACCUCUUCAAGCUAGUGUUUCUAGCCAAAUCGGUGUAAAUAAUUUAUGCUGGGAAGGAACUCCGCUGUCUAUAAUGCUUUUCUUCAGUGUGCAUUAUGAUAAAAUAAACAAUUUUAAAUAUUUCUUUGUUUCCAUGAUUAACUGACCUAAGCCAAAUCAACUUACAGGGCUUCCAUUUCUGGAGUUUGUUGUCAGAAACCAGUGUUGGCAUACAUCCUCAGAAUUGAAAUGGUAUUUCUGUUUGUUGUAGCAUGAAGGAACUUGAUGAUUUGGGUUUUGAAGAAAAUGACAUUAAAUGCAAUAAUUUUAUUUAUCAAACAUUUUAUAUGUUGCUAUUUUCUUUCAGCUGUUGUAAUACAUAUUUAUUUGUAAUUUAUAUCGCAUGUAUAAACAUUGAAAAUCAACUGAAUUGAAAAAUUUGUUUUACAUUAUAACUUGUAUUUUAAAAGCUAGUAUUAUUUUCUUUUGUUUGAGUUUAAAUGUCAUUUGAUUUUUAAAUGUCAUGAUAUCAAUAAGUACCUUCAUUCUCCCCACCACUGAAAUUGCCAUUAAUUUAUACAGAAUGGCUUCAGGUCUACUCUCUCAAAGCUUAUACAUAAUUUUUGUAUGAUAUAUUUAUAUAUAUCUGGCAUAAUUCAGGUUUCCUAUGUUGGCUAAGAUAACAUUAUUGGCUUAUUAUAAAGCAAGAUAUUAGUGAUAAUUUUAUUUUUGUGUGUUGGCUAGCUCCAAGAUAGUUUUCAGGAAAUAGAGAUAUACUGUGUUCUUAGGGGGAAAUGUAGACUUAAACUCCCACUCAUUUUUUCCAUAUUUAAAAUACAUAGAAUCUGAUUUUCUAUGACUUUAGAACGUUAAGAGAUUUUUACUUUCUUAAAAAGUUGUUGCCCAAAAUGAGCAUUUUCUGGGUUUUUUAAAUGUUAUUCUCUACAGAUGAAUUAUUGCUAAUACAGUUGAAUUAGUGAUAUUUCAUACCAAAAUCACUAAGUAGUAAGAGUUUCUAAGUCCUGAGCCUAAGUUUCCUAGCAAAAUGUGACUGUGGAAUCAGUUGAAAUUUAACUUUGAUUAAAAAAAAAAAAGUCUUUCUUUAUCCUUAAAUCAUACUUUCAGAUAUCAUAUUUUAGAAAGUGUUAUCAGUAAACUUUCAGUUGACUGCCAUUCUUAAUGAUCAGUGUACUAUUUAUUUUUAAUUGUUAUUUAUUUUUAGUACUGUUUAGUUAUGGAAAUGCUACCUGAUCUCUAAAUUUUGGGUUCAUAAAUGGUACUCUCUGCUUAGUACAAUAAAUUUUAUUGCCUUUCCCCAAUAAUUAACAAGUCCUAAUGUCUACUUUGGUCAUAAUAUAUGUGUGUGAGAUAUUGGGUUUUGUUUGCUUUUUGCAUUUUAUUUACUUAGCAAUAAAGACUGGCUAGAAA